CUGGCUGGGCCCUGCGGAGCGGGAGGGAAGGAGCGAAGGAGCGAUCGGAGCGGCCGUCGCCCGAGGCGAGCCGCGCAGCCGGUCCGCCCGCCCGCUCGCGCUCCAGUCGCCGUGUCUAGCAGCGGGGCCCAGCAUGGUCAUGGCGGAUGGCCCGAGGCACUUGCAGCGCGGGCCGGUCCGGGUGGGGUUCUACGACAUCGAGGGCACGCUGGGCAAGGGCAACUUCGCGGUGGUAAAGCUGGGGCGGCACCGGAUCACCAAGACGGAGGUGGCGAUAAAAAUAAUAGAUAAGUCUCAGCUGGAUGCAGUGAACCUUGAGAAAAUCUAUCGAGAAGUACAAAUAAUGAAAAUGUUAGACCACCCUCACAUCAUCAAACUUUAUCAGGUAAUGGAGACCAAGAGUAUGUUGUACCUUGUGACAGAAUAUGCCAAAAAUGGAGAAAUUUUUGACUAUCUUGCUAAUCAUGGCCGGUUAAAUGAGUCUGAAGCCAGGCGAAAAUUCUGGCAAAUUCUGUCUGCUGUUGAUUAUUGUCAUGGUCGGAAGAUUGUGCACCGUGACCUCAAGGCUGAAAAUCUCCUGCUGGAUAACAACAUGAAUAUCAAAAUAGCAGAUUUCGGUUUUGGAAAUUUCUUUAAAAGUGGUGAACUGCUGGCAACAUGGUGUGGCAGCCCCCCUUAUGCAGCCCCAGAAGUCUUUGAAGGGCAGCAGUAUGAAGGACCACAGCUGGAUAUUUGGAGCAUGGGAGUUGUUUUGUACGUCCUGGUCUGUGGAGCUCUGCCUUUUGAUGGACCAACUCUUCCAAUUUUGAGGCAGAGAGUUUUGGAAGGAAGAUUCCGGAUUCCAUAUUUCAUGUCAGAAGAUUGUGAGCACCUUAUUCGAAGGAUGUUGGUCCUAGAUCCGUCCAAACGACUAACCAUAGCUCAAAUCAAGGAGCAUAAGUGGAUGCUUAUAGAAGUUCCUAUACAGAGACCUAUUCUCUAUCCACAAGAACAAGAAAACGAGCCAUCUAUUGGGGAGUUUAAUGAACAGGUCCUGCGAUUGAUGCACAGUCUCGGAAUAGAUCAACAGAAAACUGUUGAGUCUUUGCAGAACAAGAGCUAUAACCACUUUGCUGCCAUUUAUUUCUUGUUGGUGGAGCGCCUGAAAUCACAUAGAAGCAGUUUUCCUGUGGAGCAGAGACUAGAUGGCCGACAGCGUCGGCCUAGCACCAUUGCUGAACAAACAGUUGCCAAGGCACAAACUGUGGGACUCCCAGUGACCAUGCAUUCCCCAAACGUGAGGCUGAUGCGAUCUGCCCUCCUCCCACAGACAUCCAACGUGGAGGCCUUUUCAUUUCCAGCUUCUGGCUGUCAGGCGGAAGCUGCAUUUAUGGAAGAAGAGUGUGUCGACACUCCAAAGGUAAAUGGCUGUCUGCUUGACCCUGUGCCUCCUAUCCUGAUGAGGAAAGGAUGCCAGUCACUGCCCAGCAACAUGAUGGAGACCUCCAUUGACGAAGGGUUGGAGACAGAAGGAGAGACUGAGGAGGACCCCAGUCAUGCCUUUGAAGCUUUUCAGUCCACGCGCAGUGGGCAGAGACGGCACACUCUGUCAGAAGUGACCAACCAACUGGUCGUGAUGCCUGGGGCAGGUAAAAUUUUCUCCAUGAGUGACAACCCCUCCCUUGAUAGUGUGGACUCAGAGUAUGAUAUGGGGUCUGCUCAGAGAGACCUGAAUUUUCUGGAGGACAACCCUUCCCUUAAGGACAUCAUGUUAGCCAAUCAACCGUCACCCCGCAUGACAUCUCCUUUCAUAAGCCUGAGGCCUACCAACCCAGCCAUGCAGGCUCUGAGUUCCCAGAAACGAGAGGCCCACAACAGAUCACCAGUGAGCUUCAGAGAGGGCCGCAGGGCAUCUGAUACCUCCCUCACCCAAGGAAUUGUAGCAUUUAGACAACAUCUUCAGAAUCUGGCUAGAACCAAAGGAAUUCUGGAGUUGAACAAAGUGCAGUUGCUUUAUGAACAGAUGGGACCAGAGGCAGACCCUAAUUUGACAUCAGCUGCCCCUCAGCUCCAAGACCUCGACAGCAGUUGCCCUCAGGAGGAAGUUUCCCAGCAGCAGGAAAGUGUCUCCACUCUGCCUACCAGUGUGCAUCCUCAACUUUCCCAGCGGCAGAGUCUAGAAACCCAGUACCUACAGCAUAGACUCCAGAAGCCUAGCCUUCUGUCAAAGGCGCAGAAUACCUGUCAGCUUUAUUGUAAAGAACCACCACGGAGCCUUGAGCAGCAGCUGCAAGAACACAGGCUCCAACAGAAGCGACUCUUUCUCCAGAAGCAGUCUCAGCUCCAGGCGUAUUUUAAUCAGAUGCAGAUAGCAGAGAGCUCCUACCCUCAGCCAAGUCAGCAGCUGCCCCUUCCCCACCAGGAGACUCCACCGCCAACCCAACAGCCCCCACCCUUCAGCCUGACCCAGCCCCUGAGCCCUGUCCUGGAGCCUUCUUCUGAGCAAAUACAAUACAGCCCUUUCCUCAGCCAGUACCAGGAGAUGCAGCUGCAGCCUCUGCCCUCCACGCCUGGCCCCCGGGCUCCUCCUCCAUUGCCCACACAGCUGCAACAGCAGCAGCCACCGCCUCCGCCACCUCCUCCACCACCACAACAGCCUGGAGCUGCUCCAGCCCCCUUGCAGUUCUCCUAUCAGACUUGUGAGCUGUCAAGUGCCACUUCCUCUGCGCCAGACUAUCCCACUUCCUGUCAGUAUCCCGUGGAUGGAGACCAGCAGAAUGGCCUCACAGGUCCGGACUGUCCCAGGAGCUCAGGACUGCAAGAGGCGCCCUCCAGCUAUGACCCGCUAGCCCUCUCUGAGUUACCUGGACUCUUUGAUUGUGAAAUGCUAGAUGCGGUGGAUCCACAACACAAUGGGUAUGUCCUGGUGAAUUAAUCUCAGCACAGGAAGUGAGGUGGAUCUAGUAAAGGCAGACUGUGUAUUUUUAUUUUUAUUCCAGCCUUUUAAAUUUAAAGCUUAUUUUCUUGUCCUCUUCCUAAUGGGGAAAAAUCAAGUCGCCCAACUGGAAUCAGAGGACUUGGCUGGGAUGGAUGUGCUUCCUCCUGGCUCUGUCCCACCACAAAGUUUUCUGUGGCAAAUGCAGGCUGAAGCUCAUGUCCUUAGGUGAAGUGAAGCCAGCACUUGAGGGAGGCACCAACAAAUGUUUUUUAUAAGACAACAACAUUCAGACCUGGGUUUUAUGCAAAAUUAUACCAGUUCAUUAUUGAGGGAAACCUUGGUGAAAGCAGGAACAAUGUGUGCUGUUGCGUAGGAAUGCGUGUGCGUGCACGUGUGUAUAGGGCAAAACAAAAAUACAAUAUAUUUUUCACUGAAGUCAGGCAACAGCAUUGCUUCAAGGCAAAUCAAGAAUACAUAAUGGAAUUUGAUGCACAGGAGUAAAGUUGUACUUUGUCAUUGAAUCCUAACUUCUCAGCUGCUGAUGCAGGUUGUUCCCAAGACUUGAAAAGCAGUGGAGCAUGAGCUGUUUCAGGGCCCACUAAGUAACAGCUGGUACUGACCCCUGACACCUGCAGUUGUCUCCACCUGGGAGAAGGCGACACACCUCUUCAGAAGGUGCCACUAGGUUACCAUGUGUCAGAAUAUACUCAGGGCUCCAAAGAUGUCACCCAUAGAACCAACAGGAGACCCACCACAGUGGAGGCUGGGGGCAAGAAACUGGAGAAAGUAUCAGGAGCACCAGCCCUGGGCCAGGAGACAGGCUCUUUCUGCACGGUCUCUUGAGGAGACUUCAGGCUGGGGCAUUUGGUCUCCAGAGGACCUCUCAGGUCUUCUACAGUGUAGUAACUCCUUUGACUUUACACUCUAUGUUGCUAGUAGUUUAUUGAGCUUUGUAUAUUUCGACAGUUUCAUAUAGGGCUUAGAAAUUUUAAGGACACAAAAAAAUGAACUUUUAUGUCCCAUGUGAAGUGGUAGUGCUGUGCCUUUUCCCCACCAUGCUUUAAUUCUUUCUUUUCUAUAGAAAUCAAGUUUUCCAUUAAUGUCAAUGCUAAAUCCAAAGUCACUUCAGUUUAUUUUCCACCAUGUGGGAAUCUGCAUUCUUAAUUUCCUUAAAGUUUUGACUUGUAAUGCAAUGUUCAAAAGUAUUACAGCAAUACUCAAAACAACACAGAUGUGUUAACCAUUUAAGCAGAUCAUCUGCCAAACAUGUUAUAUUACUAGAAAAAUUGAACCCUUACAAUCAUUCAUCACAAUAAGUGAAAAAUAGAUGCUACAUUAGUUAACUGUAUACCUAGAAGUAAUGAGUAAUCUGUCAAUUUAGACAGUGACCUCCAGGUGUUACAAAUUCAGUAUUAUUUACAAAAACCAUAAUUUCUGUCCUUUAGAGUGGCUUGUCCUAUCAGCAGAUGAAAGCGUUAAGCACAAAGCGUCUUCCUUAAAGCACAAAGAGAGACGCCACACUGACACUGCAUCUAGAAACACCUUUAAGUUGCCUUUCCUCUUUGUAGUAAGUGUCCAGGCAGGGAAAGGAAGCAUGCAAGUGGAGGAGAUUGUUCUGGACCCAGCCCAGCCCCUGCCAGUGCUGGUGAAUUUAGCAGUCCUUGAAAGUGGCCAGGGACUGGUAGGCAUAGGGGCUCCCCAUUGAUGCCAGGCUGCUUCACAAAGGAACUCUGCUUGGAUUGGGACUCUGGGUAUCAGCAGGAAAGUGGGAGGGGGGAGACUUGUCAUUUUUGUGAUUUAAUAACACAAUGAAAAUCCAGGAAGAGUGAAUUAUGCUCCUUUUAUGGGUUGUUUAUUCCUGCUUGUGCUUAAUAUGGAUUUCUUGAGAUAGAAAAUAUUAUUUCUUUUCAUCAUUUCAUGAAGAUCUAUUUUAAGUCUUUGCAAAAUAAGUCAAUUACUGGGGCUGGAAUAGCUCAGUGGUAUAGAGUGUUUACCCAGCAUGCACAAGGUCCUGGGUUCAAUCCCCAGCACCACAAAAAUAAAAAAAAAUUAGACAACAAUAAUUUUUAAAAAGCCAGUUAUUAAACAGGGAUUGAUUUGUUUAGACUGAAGGAGGAUGUUUUCCUCAAAAUACUACAGAAGUGUUUUGAUGUCAUCGAAAUUAAAAUGCCUCCCAGCAUCUUAAUGAAACUGGGGGCCACUCAUUUCAGGACUGCAGGAAUGGCACAGUUACAGCUUGGCAUAGACUCCUGUCCCCAAACAGGGCUGUGAGCCACUUAGCCCAAGAGACCUAGGAGCUAUGUCAGGACAGUUACAUGACAACAUGAGGGACUGCGCCGGAGAGGCUGUUGGAAGGUUACAGGACCAAAAGAUAAGUGGGGAAGCACCAGCAGUGGCCAGGCCUGUUAGGCACUUACAGGGCGAUGAUAUGGACAAGUCACCUGUGAAGAGCACAACCCUCCUGCUGGAACCUCUGUUGUAAGCGUCUGUUUGCCUCUGUCACUGAUUCCCAGCAGAAAUCAAUAAAUUCCACAGCCCAUGUAUUUCCUGAAAUGUAGUGGUAAGCAGAGACUGUUUCUGUUGACCUGUUAGGUGUUUGCUAUCUGUCGCCUGAAUGGCUCUGUUCCUUAACUAGUGACCUGUGGAAGCUUCUGCGAGUUUUCCCUUCACAAAUACUGCAGUAACACUAAGAAGGCUUAGGACCGCUCCUGAAGUACUGACUUGCUUGCCGGUCUGUCUCACAUCAGCAGUGUGUACACUACUGUGUAAUAAUCAUUAUUAGCUUUAUUAGCUUGUAAACCAGACUUCUCUGAAGAGAAUUUGGUAAGAUGAACAUGAGGUAAAAAUUUCAUUCAGCAAAAAGUGCAAUACGUGUGGUACUUUUUUAUUUUUUGUUUAUGAUCUCUUUAAUCCAGGGGUAUUAGUCUCUGCUUUGAGGAAAAUGCACUAGUUCAGCAGUUUCCAGUUGGGCGAAUGUGUCUCUAGUAUUUACAUGCAACUGACAUGCUGGUCCCUGUAAGUCAAAUAGAGCAUGUUAAUAUAAGAGAAAGAGGAGGGGGAAAACACUUAAAAUUCCUCAGGAGCUCCACUGACCAGCCCCAGCUCCACCACCACCACCUCUACUCUGGCCUACACUGCCCUCCUACUACCUUGGGAUCAGGAAAGGGGACUGUUCUCUACACCACCUUCCAGAAUCCACUGAAGGGGACAACAGAGAAACACCAGGAGGACUAGAGAUGAAACUGAAUUACUGUUGAAGUGACAGGAGCAAAACCCCUUCCUGUCAGACUUUUGUCCCCUAGGAAAGAAAAAAAUCCUUCCUCAGAAAUCAAGAAUUCCCAAGUGUUUAAAUCAUGUCCUGGUGUUGGGGAGGCAGGACUGAAGUCAGCCCUUGCCUUUUGUGCUUUGUUCUGACUCGAGUGAUGGGGGCUCUGCACUGUUACGGGGAGCCCCCAUGGAGUAAUGCCCUCCACCCUGCCCUGACCUCUUCCUCCUCCCCCCUUGCACUGGGUGUUGUUCUACCUAAGGCAGGGAACUCAUGAAGACCUCUGCCUAGUUGUUAGAAUUGGGAAGGAGAACAUGUUCGCAGCUGGAGAGUGAUUAGGUGAUAAGCCAGAAGCUACGGCAAGGUGAAAAAUAGCAGCUUCCAGUGGCAGUUGGCCAUGCCCACACACAUGCCAGGUAUGAGAGCAUGAGAACAGCCUUUGAUUAGGAGUGGACUGCUCAGCACCCAGGACACAGUAGGUGCUGCCUCCUUUGCGGGGUUCUCCAACCUCUGGGCAAGCCCCAGUUUCUGAAGUGUAUUGGGAUCAGCUUUUUCUGUUCUGGAUUACACUUAAAAACCUAUAUAAGCUCCCUAUAUUGGUUUAAAGAAAAUUAAUUUUUAGGUAACAUUUUCACAUUCCUCCCCCUUUAGAGACAAUACAUAGUGUCACUUGACAACAUUGGUCCCAGUGAGCAGCUGCGGAAUCCCUGUGCCGGGACUGACCUUUGCUGCAUUUGUACCCCACACUGGGCUGCCUCUACUGCCUCCUCGGAAGCCACCCAAGCCGCUCGGUCUCUUUGUGCCUAGACAUCAAAGGUAAAAACUGGAGAACAGGUAGUAAGUUGGAGUCAUGUACAGGCAGGGAUAUUUGAUCAUUUUGUUGCUUCUGGAAAAUUUUUUUACAGAACUUAUUAUCUUCAGAGUGAAUUUGUGGAAGACAAAAGCAGUAUCACCUAUCUGCCUCUGUUUUUAAACUGGACAAAACAUUUUAAAAAGUAUAUUUAUAUAUAUAUAUCCCUUAAGCUUCUAUAGUCUGUCCUCCCCGGCCUGUGACACAGGCAAAUGACUUUGAGACUCCAGAGCUUUUUUUGUCUGCCCUCAAAGGUGGCUGGGUGGACAAGGCAGUGGCCUUUCAGGGCCCCUUUGGCCCUAGAGUCUCUGGUCUUCAAUACCCUCUCACAUAUUUGUUCUACUGGGUUUUUUCCAAUUAAGUAAACCUGGCUGACUUCUAACAGACUCCCAGCCAUCCUAGUUGCACCACCAUCUUAUGUUCACAUAUUAUCUGGGUGGAUUUCAACACAUUUGGCAGAUGGGACAUAUACUGUUGCAUAUAUUGAGACAGGGAGCAGCACUGCUGCCCAGGGACAAUCAGUGAUAGUUUUGAUGAUCCCUCCCCAAAUAUUCAGUUUGCCUGUCCAAAAGGAGCACUCACUUCUAUUUUUAACUUACCAAGCAUUUUCAAGUCAUCUCUUAUAAUCCUCACAACAAUUCUAUGAAAUUGGUUGGGGAGGUACUGUCCCAGCUGAGGAAACCAAAGCUCUCUGAGUGUGUACGUGACUUAUCUGAGGUCACAGAACUCUAGUUAAAAGUGGAGGAGCCAGUACAUGCACUUGCUUCUCGAAGGCUUCUCUUUCCCCUCAGUAGUACCUGAUUAUUUUUAUAAGCAAACAGCUAUAUAAACCCAAUGUGGCCAAGCACCGGGUGAACGUAACAUUGUCCCCACAGCUGCACUCUCCACUGGGCAGCUGCCUGGCUUUGGGAGAGAGGUGCCCUUCAGCAGCUGUCCAGGUGCCCUGCAUUGGUCCAGGCUGAGGUAGACAAAACCCACAAACUGACCAUCCCCUCAGUGCCCAUUAAACUACAGAAUUUUAGGGUCACAUCAAAGACCCUACCUUUUCCAAGUUACACACACACAGUGAUUCCCUGUGGAAGCAUAUGAUGGAAGGACACACCCUUGAUUGCCAAGGGGCCAAGUUGCAGGGCAUCAGCCCACCACUGCUGCAGGUCACUCAUUCAAACCCAGGGAAGGGGGCUACUCAAGAGAAGAAUCACAAACUCCACUGUUACCUGAAGAAGGGCGUAAGGUUCUUUACAGUGAAAUCUAGUCAAUUUGUGCUUAUUAGACACUUUUAGGAUUAAAAAACAGUAACAUGCUUUGAAUGAAUACUUUGACUUUUCAGAGCCAAAGAGGGUGGGUAACAGGGAGCUUUAAAAAUAGAAUUACAAAACAACAUCCUGGAAAAAUAUGACCCCAGAUGGAAAAAUGUUACAUUAGCAAAUACAGAUAGCUGGGACUUGCCGCUGGCUGGGUGAUGCCUCUCUUUCAAGAUUUGCUAAGACAAGAGAAUUCAAGUGGUACCUUCCCUCUACUGAGGGUGAAAGAAAUCUGCCUUCACCAAAAUCUCUGAAGGGGAAAGAAGCAGAGAGAAAACAGAGGUUGACUUCUCUUUAGGGACUGCAAUUUAAGAAAUAAAAGUAAUAGAAGUAUUUGCACUUUCUAGAAAGGGCAAGAUUAUUUGCUUAUUUCUGAAGGGAGAAGGGUGGUCUUGAUGGAUGUGUGGUCUGUGAAAGAAUUACUUUUGAUAAAGUUAAUUGUAGUUAUUUUUUCCGUGUGCUGUUUUUUAAUUACUAAGAAAAUUUGGUGAGUUCAAUAGCUUUGGUAUUUUGAGUGCAAAUCAUAAUAGCUCCAAUGUGAAAAAAAAUCAAAGUGUAACAUGUCAAUGUUAGAAAAUUGCCUAAAAUGCAGUUUAAUAAAUGAUCUUUGUACCAAACGGUAAUUUAAAUGGGGUAAUUUUCUGCAAGGAAAAUGUACUGUUUUUAUGUUUCCAACCCUCUUGAAUUAAAAUAAAAACAACUUGUUUUCUAA